AUGCCUUUCAUACUCAACACCCCCGACAACCAGAAGGCCAUGCUCAAGGCCAUCGGUGUGUCGUCGGUCGACGAACUGUUCGACAUGGUGCCUGCCGACUUGCGGUUGAACCGCGACUUGGACUUGCCGCCGGCGAUGACCGAGAUCGAACUUACCCGGCAUAUGACCGCGCUGGCGGCGAAGAAUGUUUCGGCCGAUCAACAGGUGUGCUUCCUGGGUGGCGGGAGUUACGACCACUUCAUCCCGGCGGUGGUCGAUAACCUGGCUGCCCGCGGAGAGUUCUACACCUCGUAUACUCCGUAUCAGCCCGAGGCGAGCCAGGGCAACCUGCAGGCGUUGUUCGAGUAUCAAACCUUGAUCUCGGAAUUGACCGAGAUGGAUGUGGCCAACGCCAGCCUGUACGACGGUGGCAGUGGUGCCGUUGAGGCCGUGUUCAUGAGCAUGGCCGCCACGCGUCGCGAAGGCCGGGUGGUGACGACCAGCAGCGUGCAUCCUGAGUAUCGGGAGAUUCUGAAAACGUACGUGACCAACCUGGGUGUGGAACUGGUGACGGUCGAUACGCCCACCGGUGCGGCGAACGUCGACGAAGUGGCCGCGCAACUCGACGACAAAACGGCCUGUGUGUUGGUGCAGCACCCGAACUUUUUCGGCUGUUUGGAAGAAGUCGAGCAACUGGCCGAGGCGGCCCACAACGUGGGGGCGCUGUUGGUCGUGGUGGUUGACCCGAUGAGCUUGGGCCUGUUGAAACGGCCCGGGCAAUACGGGGCCGACAUUGUGGUGGCCGAAGGGCAAUCGCUGGGGAACCCGAUGGCUUAUGGCGGGCCGUAUCUGGGAAUUCUGGCUUGUCGCGAAGCGUUGGUGCGAAAGAUGCCGGGGCGUUUGGCCGGGCAAACGGUCGACCGGCGAGGGAAACGCUGCUGGGUGCUGACACUGCAAACCCGCGAGCAACACAUUCGCCGCGAGAAGGCCACUAGCAACAUCUGCACGAAUCAAGGUCUGCUGGCGCUGAGGGCGUCGAUCUAUCUGGCGCUGAUGGGUCCGCAAGGGAUGCGUGAGAUGGCGACGCAUUGUUUGCAGAAGGCCAACUACGCCCGUGGUCAACUCACCGCGGCAGGUAAUCUGACGGCGGCGUUCGACCGACCGGUGUUCAAGGAGUUUGUGGUUCGCGAUCCCGACGGUCAGGUCGAUCAAUUGCUGGCCGAAGCCGAACAAGCAGGGUUCGCGGCCGGGGUUCCGCUGGGGCGGUGGUAUCCGGAACUGGCCGACUGUUUCUUGGUGGCCGUGACCGAGAAGCGGACCCAAGGGGAAAUCGAUCAACUUGCGGCUUGUCUGUCGCGGGCUAAGGGAGAGAUGCCGGCCAUCGAUGUGCCCGAGGAACCGCUCGACGCGCUCUUGCCCGAGGGAGCGGUCGCGGAGGAGCUACCCAAGUUGCCGGAGUUGGCCGAGCCGGAUGUGGUGCGGCAUUACACGAACCUUUCGACACAGAACAUGUCGGUCGAUACGCACUUCUAUCCCUUGGGUUCUUGUACGAUGAAGUACAACCCCAAGCGGAAUGAGCGGCUGGCGUCGCUCUCGGGGAUGGCCGCGUUGCACCCCUACCAAAGCGAAGCAUCGCUGCAAGGUUUGCUGCAGUUGUUGUACGAGUUGCAAGACAUGCUGGCUGAGAUUUCGGGGUUGCACGCCGUGUCGUUGCAGCCUGCCGCGGGGGCUCAUGGCGAGUUGACCGCGUUGAUGGUAGCGGCCGCUUACUUCCGCGACCUUGGCCAAGAGCGGACGAAGGUGCUGGUGCCCGACAGUGCACAUGGGACGAACCCGGCGAGUGCCACGCUUGCCGGGAUGAAGGCCGUGACGAUUAAGAGCACCUCGGCCGGCACGGUGGACAUGGCCGAUCUUGAUGCGAAGCUCGACGACCAGGUGGCCGUGCUGAUGAUCACAAACCCCAAUACACUGGGGCUGUUCGAUCGGCAGAUUGUCGAGAUUGCUGAGAAGGUGCAUGCGGCCGGUGGGCUGAUCUAUCUCGACGGUGCCAACAUGAACGCCAUCAUGGGCAUCACGCGUCCUGGCGACUUUGGCGCCGAUAUGAUGCAUUACAACCCCCAUAAGACCUUCAGCGGUCCGCACGGUGGCGGUGGUCCUGGUGCAGGCCCGAUUGCAGUCCGCGAUUUCCUGGCUCCGUUUUUGCCGACGCCGGUGGUGGGCAAGAACGAUGAGGGGUAUUUCCUAGAGUACGAUCGGCCCUACUCGAUUGGUCGCGUGCGAAGUUUCUUUGGCAACGUGGGUGUUCUCGUAAGGGCUUAUGCCUAUCUCGUCACGCACGGUCCCAAGGGGCUGCGUGAGGUGUCUGAGAAUGCCGUGCUGAAUGCCAACUACCUGUUGAGCCGGGUGAAACACAUUUUGCCGGUGCCCCAUGGCGAUCGUUGUAUGCACGAGUUCGUGGCUUCUGCGGCCAAGCUGAAGAGCGAGAGCAAUAUUUCGGCGAUGGACAUUGGCAAGCGAUUGCUCGAUUACGGCGUACACGCGCCGACGGUUUACUUUCCCUUGGUCGUCCGCGAAGCGAUGAUGAUCGAACCGACCGAGACGGAGAGUAAGGAAACGCUGGACGCGUUCUCCGAGAUUCUGUUCCGCAUUACCGAAGAGUCGCCCGAGGUGCUGCACGAGGCCCCACAUUCAACACCCAUCAGCCGGCCGGAUGAAGUUCAAGCGGCGCGGAAUACGGUGUUGAAGUGGACGCCGGGGGCAUCCGGUACUCGUGAUGCUGCCGACUACAUCGAUUCAUGGGGCGAGAUGGGCAUGUAUUUGCCUGAUCAAGAACAAAUUCGCUUCUUCGAUGAGCAUUUUCAAACUGCCAGCGCACCUCUACUCCGUGCACUGGAGGCCCCCGAGCACUCUAUUCGAAUGCGGGCAGCCUAUGUGAUCGGGGAGCUUGGUACUCGUGCGAAAGACACUGGUCCGCACCUGCUGUCGAGAUUGAGAGAAGAACCGGAUAACCUAGUGCGGAUGUAUAUUAUCGACGCACUGAAUCGGGUUGAGUUCAGGAGUGAGGAAGCUCUUGCCCACUUGAGUGAGCAUUUCAAUUCGCUCUGUUCCCUGAAUGUUCCACCAACUGCCGAUGGGUCGUAUCCAGAGGUCGACGAGAAAAUAGCCACGGCUGCCGCACUUUAUCGGCUUGCGGAUGGAGACAAUAAGGCAGCAUACCUAGCGUUUGUUAUGAAGUGGUUGGAGCCUCCGGGGGCGAUGAACCAUGGCUUGCUGGAAGGUUAUUGGGAUCGGCGUUGGAUGGCGGUCAAUUCGCUCGAGUUUAUGCCGGGGGCUACGGAGGCGAUUCCGAAGCUCGAGGCGAUUCGCACUGAGCCCGAUGCCAAAGCCUGGGUGGAGGUUCAUGUUCCAAGGGUUCUGGUUGCGCUUCGUAAUGGUGAUGCAUUGCAUCGCUGCCGAUUGAUUGUGGAUGAAGCCUGCGAUGGGGCGUGGAACAUGGCCGUGGACGAGGUGCUGUUGGGCACCAGUGCCGAGCGGGGUGAACCUUGUUUGCGGUUUUAUCGCUGGGCCACACCGACGGUUUCGCUGGGUUACUUUCAGCCCUUGGCUCAGAAGCAGGCGCACACCACGGUGGCCAACUGCCUUGUGGUGCGACGUCCGACUGGCGGCGGGGCGAUUGUUCACGACGCUGAGUUGACCUACAGUUUUUGCGUUCCGCGGGGGCAUGCUUUGGCGGCCGACGCGAUGACGCUCUAUCGGGCGAUUCACGGAUCGUUGCUUGCCGCGCUGGACGACCUUUCGGUGCAGGCGGAGCUUAGCGAGGAAGACUCUGGCGUAAGUCCGGAGGAUGAACCGUUCCUCUGCUUCCAGCGACGGGCUAAAGGUGACGUGUUGGUGCGUGGGACAAAGAUUGGCGGCUCGGCCCAACGCCGCCCCGAUGCAGCCAUUCUGCAGCAUGGAAGUGUGUUAUUGCAUGCGUCGCCAGCCGCGCCCGAGUUGCCGGGCAUUGCAGAGCUUACGGGCAGGGCGAUCGAUCCGCAGGAGUUGAUCGAUGCAUGGAUCCCACGGAUCGCCGAGCGGCUGGGGGUGAGCUUCGAGGCCGAGGCCUAUAACAAGGCGGAAAUCGAUGCGGCCAACCAGCUUGUGGAAUCGCGGUAUGGCCAGGAUGCGUGGCUCGACACGGCGAUAAGAUACCUGUGCAUUCUGGCUUGGGCCGUGUGGUGCAUUGCUCGAUGCCAGCCCGACCCCGAGGAUGUGGGGUUGAGGUGGGGUAGCGUCGCGGUGGUUGGGUGUGAUGCAAGAAUUCGACGAUGCGGCGCUUGUCUUAUCAGCGCUCGGUCUAACGAGCUGCGUCGCAGUGCCAUUCGAGGGCGAGAGAUUCGCCUGCCGGGGCCCAAAUUCAUUGUCGGACGUGCCGACGAUUGCCAUCUGCGGCCCAACAGCGACUUAGUAAGCCGCCACCACUGUGUGGUUCUUGUCGAAGACGACUUUGUUUCGGUCCGCGAUUUCGGCAGUAAGAACGGCACCCUCGUCGAUAACGAACGGGUGGUGGGUGAGCGUGAACUGACCAACGGCUGCCAUCUCAAGAUCGGCCCGUUGGAAUUCGACGUGCAGAUUGCCCAGGCUGCCGAGGCGAAAAAGAAGCGUCCCAAGGUGCAGAGCAUCAAAGAGGCCGCCGCCCGCAGUGCCGAGGGGCUCUCGGAAGCGGACGACGUCGAUAUCUCGGAGUGGAUCGACGAUGGUGGCGAAACCCAGCCGCCGACGAAGACGACUCCGGCCCCUUACAGCACGGACGAAACGCAGACCAUCCACGAUGCCGGAACCGAAGAGAUCAAUCUUGGUCAAACCCUGAUGGGUGCCCCUGGCGAUUCGAAGCCGAAGAAUGUCUCCCCCGAUCAGCCCACACGGGAAAUGAAACGGGAUCAGGAGCCGGAGAAGAAGAAAACUCCCGGUAAAUUGCCGCCGCUGCCGAAGAGUGGGAUGGGUGACAGCGGUUCGGCUGCGGCCGACACGCUGCGGAAGUUGUUCAACCGGCGGAUGUCGCGGGCCUAUAGUGCAGUGGCCUGGGCGAAAUUCGGGUCUUUUCCGAGCUGGGUAGUUUUUGGCGAUUCUGACGAGGACGAACCGUUGAAAGCAUCACGUAACAAGCAAGCCCGUGCCGCACUGCUCGGCCUGGGAUUGGACGGCACCGACGGCCACACCCGCCUUACGCGGGGUGACAACUUUGUGUUGUAUGGCGGAUCGGACGAGACGCACUCGGUGAUGCAGGAAACGGUGAUUAAGGUCAACGAAUCGCUGGAGCGCCGCGGAAAGGGGCUGGAAGAGGUUUCGGGCAAAGAGCUUCGGGAUAUUUUCUACGAGGCCACAGUCAGCCCAGUGGCGGAAGAAGUCCGCGAUCUGGUGGAACGCUGCCUGGCCGGGGAUGAACCGGCCAUGGUCGAGUUGGUCGAUCGUUUCAGUGGGCAAGUAUUUGGCCUCUGCUUCCGGAUGCUUAGGCAGCGGGAGGAUGCUGAGGACAUCACGCAAGAGACGUUCGUGCGUGUGUUCAAGAACCUCCACCGCUGGGAUCCGGAGCGAGAUUUUCGGCCCUGGCUUCUGGCCAUCGCCGGCAAUCGGUGUCGCAGCUUGCUCGCCCAACGUGUGCGCCGCCCCCGGGGGCAAGAAUUGGUCGACGAACCGUCAGACGGUCGGGCCGAUCCUCAGGCAGCGCGAAACAUAGCGGAAGAAGUUGCUUUGGCGCUCACGCACUUGCGUGAGGAGUAUCGCCAAGCCUUCUUGCUGUUUCACGAACAGCAUUUGAGUUAUGUGGAAAUUAGCGAAGUAUUGGACUGCCCCGUGGGCACAGUGAAGACCUGGGUGUUUCGGGCCCGUCGCGAGAUGGCUCAGCACCUGCGGUCGCGUGGUGUGGUGCAAGAGGCCGAUCCGGCAUUGGUCGAGCAUGCCCGUCAGUGCGGUUCGUGCGCCGAAAUGCUUACUGCAACGGCCGAGUUCCUUGAGGGAGUUCGUGGGCUGACGGUUCCCGCGGUCGACAGCAAGAUGUCGGAGCGCGUGUUAGCCGAACUCAAGCGAGAGAAGGUUGGCUCCACCCCGCAUUACGUGUUGUACGCAGCGGCACUGGUUGCCACGGCGGCGGCGUUGCUGGUGGCGGCGUUCAUCCUUCCAGGUGCCCCCGAGGGCAAUGUUGCGGUCGAGCAAGCGGCUCCCUCUGAAGUCGAAGUGGCCAUGGCCGACCCGGUGGAUUUAGACCACCAGAUGGUGGUGAAGCUAAUCAAAGACACACGACGCAAUGUCGAUCAGAUCCCCAGCCUGCUUACCGGGGGUUCCGCGCAGCCAUCUUCCGCCGAAUCGAAUGCGGAUCGUGAGGCGGCCACUGAAGUGGCUUCCAGCGAAGCCGCGGGCGAUGAGGCUCCUGCCGAAAGAUCACGAGACGGAUUGGACGAGAUUACCGAGUCGGUUGUGGGGUCGUUUGGGUUCCUUCUGGAUGUGCUCGAAGAAACCGAUCGUCAAACCGUGGCGCGACGCGCCCGCGAACGAAUCACCUCUAUCCUCCUGAAGGGCGGCAUGAUGCGGUCGAGCAAAGCAGCGUUGGCGGGUUGCUGGGGCAAGCUGAUUGCCGCAUUCGUUCUGGUGGUGUUCUUCGCCGCUUCGUCGGUUAAGGCUGAGGCCCCCGAGUCGCUGGUCUCGCUGGUUCCUUCCGAUGCUGGGCUUUGCAUCGAGCUGGACAACCUGGCCGAGCAUGGCGAGCAGUUCCAGUCGGGGCAGUUCUUUCGCCGUUUAGAAAACUUCCCGCCGGUUGCCGAGUUCACGGGCGAGUAUUCCAAGCCCUUCAAGCUCAUUCUCGAUCGCAUCGCCAAUCACCUAGGAGAGACGACCGAGAGCUUUCUGAAGAAGAUCUUCGGGCAAGAAGUCGUAUUGGGUGCCUGGCCUGCGGCCGACGGUGGGUCGAUUGACGAUAGCCCUGGCCUGGUUCUGCUGAAAGUGAAAGAUGCUGAUCUGCUGAGCCGCACGAUCGAUCUGCUGUCUGCGGGGAUGUAUGCCGAAGGCGAGGCUCCGCCGAAACUGGUUCACGCCGGAUCGACUUAUCGCAUGCGAAGAACCGGUGAGGGGGACGAGCAGAAAUACGUUUACAUGACGGCCCUGGGCAACCUCGGCAUUCUGACCAAUUCUGAGUCGGUGAUGCUCAGCGUGUUGGAGUUGUAUUCCGGCGAAGCCGACGAUGUUGAGGGUAUCGAUUCGCUGGAACUGUUCCGCCAAGCGCGAGAGCGAGUGCCGCGGGAAUCUACGAUUACGGUGUUCACCAGCCCGAAGCAGUGGAACUCGCAAGAGCUGCUUAGCGAGUUUGUGGACGAGGGUCUGGCUCCACCCGGCCACGAGUUGCGGCAUUUGCUCAAUGCGGUAUGGCAGGCUUCGGAUUACUCGAUCACCGGAGUUCAGCUCGGGGAAGAGGUUCGCCUGAGCGGUUAUCUGCAUGUCGACCAAGAGCUGCUCGAAAGCUCAGAGAAGCAAGUGCUGGCCAGCCUGCAAGGCGAUUCGACAUUUUUGGAUCGUGUGCCCCGCGAGGCGAUUUUGGCUGCUUCGGGGAAUGUUGACUUUUCAGCGCUGGUCAAAGGGAUGUUGGCUGAAGAUCCCGAUGCUGAAGAGGGUGACCUGGACGCCGUGCGGAAUCUCACGCGGGGGAUGUUCCUUGGGCUUGAUCUGUUCGAUGAGGUAUUGCCGGCCUUGGGACCGCAGUUCGGCGUUUAUCUGGUUCCUCAGGAUACGCCGGAGUCCGACGUGAAAGUCGCCCCUGCCUGGGUUGCCGGGGUGCAGACGCGUUCGAUUCCCGGUCGGAAUGGGCCGAGUGUGAGCGAGGCUCUGCAGAACGGGUUGAAGACGUUCAUGAAUCUGGCCGCCGGCUUCUUGAAAGAACAGGGUCAGGACCCCGACGAGGUCCGCGUAACCACGACCAAGGUUGACGGUGUUGAUGUCACCUCGCUGGAAGGCGUGAAGUUGUGGCCUGAGUACGUGGUGGCCACGGUGGCGGCGGUUGAAGAUUUCGUGAUGUUAGGCACGUCGCGGGAUGCCGUAGUGAACAGUCUCCGCGUGAAGCCGGAAGAUUCGCUGGGGCAGUGCGAUCGUUUCCGCAAGGCGAUGGCCGCCGGACUGGAACGGCCUAGCCAGGUGAUUUACAUCGAUUGCCAGCGAAUGCGGGAAGUGAUCGAAAACAACGGUGAUGCCGUGCUGAGUGCGGUGGUACAAACCCGGCGUCUCGAUGAGGAUGCUGCCCGUCGCAGUCUGGAGCAACUCAAUGGAGUGAUCGCCCUGGCCGACCACUUGCUGGCCGCCGUGCGGUUUGAAGACGCGGGCAUCGCCUACGGUGUUACCUUCACGAUGGAUGACGCCGAGGACGAAAGCCAGGAAGAAAUCGCCAAGAAAUUGAGUGACGAAGUGAAGAUGGACCGUCGCACCAAGAAGGAUCAACGUCAGAAGUCGCGCCGCACCAGCAACACGGCCGUUGCCGAAGACCAACGCCAAGGCGAGCGACGCAAGAAGACGCCUCGCCGGCGACAGAUCGACCCCACGACCUGCGAACGUGAUUACACGGACGACGAAGUGGAAUUCAUGCGAGCGAUGGAUCUCUACAAGCGGACUAGUGGCCGCAUGUUCCCUACCUGCAGCGAAAUCCUCGAAGUGGUUCGCGACCUGGGCUACGUGAAGCAAGAUGCUUCGGCUGCUGAGAGUUCGCCGGCUCCGUUGGAGGGCGAUGCGAGCCUUACGGAGAGUUCUGUCGGAGAAACGAUUUAG